UGGCCGGGGCGGGGCGUGGCCGCCGCCGUGUCCCGGCAUGGCGGAGCGGCCGCGCCGCCGCUGAGGCGCCGCCAUGGCCAAGAGCCGCGGGGGCGGCGGGCCCAGCUCGCCCGGCGGGCGCAGCCUGGCGGGCACCCGCGAGAGCCUCGCCGACCCUGGCGGCGAUGAGCUUAGUUCGCUCGGCUCCGACUCCGAGAUCAACGGCGGCGGCCCCGAGGAGCGGCGCGUCGAUAAGUUCGGCUUCAUCGUGGGCAGCCGCGGCGCCGAGGGGACGCUGGAGGAGGUGCCCUUGGAGGUGCUCCGGCAGCGGGAGUCCAAGUGGCUGGAUAUGCUCAACAACUGGGACAAGUGGAUGGCCAAGAAACACAAGAAGAUCCGGCUGCGGUGCCAGAAGGGGAUCCCGCCCUCGCUGCGGGGCCGGGCCUGGCAGUACCUCUCUGGGAGCAAGGUCAAGCUGGAGCAGAACAUGGGCAAGUUUGAUGAACUGGACCUCCUCACAGGAGAUCCGAAGUGGCUGGAUGUGAUCGAGCGGGAUCUCCAUCGGCAGUUCCCCUUCCAUGAGAUGUUUGUCUCACGUGGAGGCCAUGGGCAGCAGGACCUGUUCCGGGUGCUGAAGGCGUACACGCUGUACCGCCCUGAGGAGGGCUACUGCCAGGCCCAGGCGCCCAUCGCCGCCGUCCUGCUCAUGCACAUGCCGGCCGAGCAAGCGUUCUGGUGCUUGGUGCAGAUCUGUGAGAAGUACCUUCCUGGCUACUACAGCGAGAAACUGGAAGCCAUCCAGCUGGACGGACAGAUCCUCUUCUCACUGCUGCACAAGGUGUCGCCUGUGGCCUACAAACACCUGAGCAAGCAGAAGAUCGACCCCAUCCUGUACAUGACAGAGUGGUUCAUGUGCGCCUUCUCCCGCACGCUGCCCUGGAGCUCCGUCCUGCGCGUCUGGGACAUGUUCUUCUGUGAAGGAGUGAAGAUCAUCUUCCGGGUGGGCCUGGUGCUACUCAAACACACCCUGGGCUCCUCGGACAAACUGAAAUCCUGCCAGGGCCAGUAUGAGACCAUGGAGAGGCUGAGGGCCCUCAGCCCCAAAAUCAUGCAGGAGGCCUUCCUGGUGCAGGAGGUCAUCGAGCUGCCGGUGACGGAGCGUCAGAUCGAGCGGGAGCACCUGAUCCAGCUGAAGAAGUGGCGGGAGACGCACGGAGAGCUGCAGUGCAAGUCCCCGCCGCGCCUGCACGGCGCCAAGGCCAUCAGCGAGGCGGAGCCCGCGCCGCGAAAGGCGCUGGAGCCCGUCCCCUCCAUCGUCGUUUCCCCCGGGCCCGCCCCCGUGCCCAAAGCCCGCAAGAGCAAGGAGAAGAGCCGGGAAAAGGGCCCGGCCAGUCCUGCCAACGGCCCCGGGGCCGAGGGCAACGGGGCGCCCGGCACGACCCGGGAGCUGCUGCACCCCCAGGUCUCCCCCCACCACCAGUCCAAGGAGAGCCUGAGCUCCCGGGAGAGCGAGGACACGUACUUGUAGGGCCCGGCCUACACCCCGGGCAGCCGGGCUCAGCGGGGCUGCGCACGGACCCGGGCGCGAGGACACCCAGGGGGACCCUGGCACCCGGCGCUGGGGGCUCUGAGCUGGAGGGAUGGGACAGGGGGGCUGUGCGGCCCCGUGAGAACAGC